AUGGCCGAGUCUGCAAAUUUUCCCAUCAUCUCCUUUGCGCCUUUUCUCGACCCCAAUGCUCCCGAGUCGGAGCAGCGGGCUGUCGCCCAGAAGCUGUAUGAUGCCUUCCACACCUAUGGCUGGGUCUACCUGAGGGACUUUGGUAUCAGCGACGAGGAAGUCGCCAACAUGUUUGCCCUUAGCAAAACCUACUUUGACCAGCCCAUUGAAGCUAAGCUUGCCAACACCUUGUCCGACCCUGCCGUAAACCAAGGCUAUACAGCAGACGGCGCAGAAGUCGGUGCCAGCAGGAAGCCGGACCACAAGGAAUGCUACGAAUACCGCCGCUUCAACAACCCCCAUGUUCCCGACCCAGCAGUUCUUCCCCAAUUCGAACCGCGCCUGCGCUCCUUCUACGACAAAUGCCACCAACUCUCCCUUUCCGUCCUGUCUGCCCUGGCCCUCUCCAUCGGCCUGAGCCGGGACUUCUUCGCCCGCCACCUUGAGCGCGCCGACCCCCAGCUGCGCCUGCUGCACUACAUGCCCAUCCCCGCCGCCACCAUCGCCAACCCUGACGAGCACUCGCGCAUCCACGCCCACACCGAUUUCGGCCUCUGCACCAUCCUCUUCCAAGACGCAACCGGCGGCCUCGAAGUCGACCCCUUCCACACGGGCGCCUUCGUGCCCGCCACGCCCAUCCCGGGCACCUGCGUCAUCAACGUCGCCGACCUGCUGCAGCGCUGGUCCAACGACCGCCUGCGGAGCACGCGCCACCGCGUCGUCUCCCCGCCCCGCGUCGCCACCGACGGCAUGCUGCCCGCCCGCUACUCGACCGCCUUCUUCGUGCACCCGAGCGCCGACACGACCGUCGCUCCCAUCGUCAAGGAGGCCGAGGGCGAAAAGGCAAAGUACCAGCCCGUCAAUGCCGGUGAGUGGCGGACGAGGAUCACGGCGACCAAUUAUUCGCUACCGCUCGAGGCUGCGUCGUGA